AUGGCCCAUUGCCCAUGCCAAAAUAUAACACCCCGGCCCUGAUUCCAAUCAAACGGAUGAAGAAGAAACAAUGGAAGAAGACGCAAACCCAGAAAAGCUACUACAUCCUUACGAGCUUUCCUUCUCUGAUUUGCUUCUCUUAUCUUCUGAUGAACCUCUUUCUGAAAACGAGAUUCAACGGUUGGACUUGAUCACGACUAGCAUAAUGGAAAACCUAGGGCCCAAUGGGCCAGGCCUUCUUGCAGUAACUGCUGUCCCGGGUGCUUCAUCACUCAGAAGCUCACUUCUUCGCUUCGCUCCUCAGCUUGCUCUUCUCGAUUUUCGAGAUCUUAACCGUCUUCUUAAGGAGAAUGGUUUGGGCAGUGAUGUCCCAUUGAAGAAUCUAGAAAGAACUGUCUCGCCUUUUACAAUGCACUUGAAGUAUGGCCAAGGUGUUCUGGCCAGCAGUGUAAAGGUGAAUCAAUUGGGUACAGAAGAUUGCAUGGUUAGUGACAGACAAGGAGAAUCUUGGGCAAGUGAUAUUAAAAUUCUAAGAAACAUCUUUGAGGUGCUAGGAUCUCUCAUGAUAGAAUUAGGUUGUCGCUUAGCACGAGUAUGUGACAGAGUUAUUGGUGACCAAAAUCUUGAGCAAAGCCUAUUUGAAGCAUGCACAGCUAAAGGGCGACUCAUACAUUAUCAUUCAGGUUUUGAUAACAAUUUUUUACAAGAAAUUUCCAAUAGAAAGGAGUAUACUAAAGGACAUCGCGGUGUAAAGUCUUUUAGUAAUGCAGCAAAAGGCACAGAAAAGUUAUUCAGAAACAAUCAGACAAGUGUGGGAAGUAAUGGAACCAAAUGCGAUGCACAUGAGGCCUACUUAUGGCAGCAGUGGCAUUAUGAUUAUGGUAUAUUCACUAUUCUAACUGAACCAAUGUUUUUGUUGCCUUCUCUUUCACAAACAACAAAUAAAGAUGAUUUUCCUUCCGUACUACAUCAGGAAUUACCAUCUCCUAGCGGGCAUUCAUAUUUGCAAAUAUACCAUCCAAGUAAAAAUGGUGUAUAUCUGGUGAAGAUGCCUCCUGAUAGUUUCUUAAUUCAGGUUGGGGAAUCAGCUGAUAUUUUAUCAAAAGCGAGGCUUCGUGCCACACUUCACUCCGUUGGUAGACCAGCUAGACCAAAAGACUUGAGUAGAGAAAAUUUUGUUGUCUUCUUGCAUCCAGCAUGGGGCAAGACUUUCUCUCUUUUAAAUUAUCCCGUUGAUCAGCAGCUUAAUGAGUGUACAGAGGAAAGUCAUACCAACCUGGAAUCGGAAAAACUAGCUCAAGAAAUCUAUAAAAUAGUUCCACCACUUUCCACACGGUUGAAAGAGGGAAUGACUUUUGCAGAAUUUUCAAAAGCAACUACAAAGCAAUAUUAUGGUGGCAGUGGUUUGCAGUCAAAGAGGACCUAAAUACCUUAACUUCAGAUGCCACUUAUUACUUGGGAAAGCCACCAUGGUAGUUCAAAUAGAACCAGGACGAACAUACUUGAGAACUUGUUAAACUACAUAUUUGUUUUACAGCAUGACAGAGAUACCAGAUUACUAGUUUGCGCAUUGAAAAAUGGUGCUGCUCGUCUAUAAGGCAAGUUUGCAGUUGGCUAGUGCCCGACUUGGAUUCUUGCAUCUCAACUAGUUGUGCGAGACUUAUUUCAAAAUUUAUCUUGGUCAUGCCAAUGAUACGAGUUGGUUUUUUAAAAUACAAACCAGAUCCUGGUGAUAUCUGAGCCUGAUAGUUAAGGAUUAUUGGUCAUCAAAACUAUAGUAAUAAUAGUCAUACUCUUUGAAUCUUAGGGUUGAAAGCAGAGCUUCAUUUUGUUUUCUUUACAAACUUUGGCAGUGAAGCUGUUUUUCGAUCGUAAGAUUGCAAUCAUUCCCCCACUGCUUGGUCGAACAACUUUGGAAUGAUUGUUCGAUCGUAAGAUUGCAGUCAUUCCAAAGAAGUAAGAAGAAUGCCUUGAAAUGUGUUGUAAAAAUGACGGACUGUGUGUGUGACUAUACUUGAUUCUUUGGGACUUUGGGUGUAAUGGGUCACCUACUUGAUAUUAA